AAAUCUUGGACCAAACCCAAACCCGUUUGUUUCCCAAGAACCAAUUUGAUGAUUUGAUGAGAAGUAGAGGUGAGAAACAAACCCGAACAGCCGCAAAGAGAGGAAAACAUGAACAGGUUGGUUUCAGCUUAUUCGCCAACUUCAACUAUCUGUUCUUUCAUUCAAUCCAAACCCCAUCAAAGCCGCCGUUUCAACAACCCAGUCGAAUCACUCACUGUCACUUCUCCUGCUCUGCCAUGUUCCUCAUAUCUUAAGCUUAAAAGUCUUAGCUUUGGUGGAGCAAAACCGCCUAAAACACUGAUACUGCAAUGUAAUAGCAGCACCAACCCUAGCCCUCCUGGUUCCGGUGAUGGUGAGAGCAGGAAUAUAUUGGAUGCAUUUUUCUUGGGGAAGGCUGUAGCAGAAGCCGUUAAUGAGCGAGUUGAGUCAGCAGUUGGGGAGUUUUUUAGUACAAUUGGUAGGUUGCAAGCGGAGCGACAAAAGCAAGUCCAGGAAUUUCAGGAAGAUGUACUUGAAAGAGCCAAAAAAGCAAAGGAGAAAGCUGCACGCGAAGCAAUGGAGGCACGAGGACUUAUCCCCAAGUUCAGUACAGAAAACACAACAUCAAUCACUCUUGAUUCUACUACUUCAACAGCUUCAGGUCUGAACGCCAACACUCUAACUCCUCCAAGUCCAUCUGCCUCUGAAUCAGAUCCAAAUCCUGCUGAGCAGGACCCUGUUUUAGGAGUGUCAGAUGAGGACUAAGCAUUUAUAUCCUUGGCUUAGCGGGUGCCUGAAAAGGUUUACAAUAUAGACUGAUCUGUAUUAUGGUAUAAAUCACACCUUGAUUAGUGACAGUUAGUUUGGUUCUUAUAGCAUAGUCCAUUGAAUCAUGAAUAAGUUCGGUUCUUUUUUCCUGUUUGAAACCUUUUUAUAAGAAUGGGAGGCAGACGGAAUCUUGUUUUGGUUUGC